AUGGAUCAAGAAGCUCUUCUCGUCGGAAGAACUCUUCUGAAGCGCGGUAUUCCGACCAUUCCUUUCAUUCUAGCAAGUCAGGCUUUGGAGAAACUUGCAUAUUUUGGUUUGGUACCGAACAUGAUACUCUUCUUGACGGUGGAAUACGGCAUGGGAACAGCGGAAGCGGCCAACAUCCUUUUCCUCUGGUCUGCCGCCACCAAUUUCUUCCCUCUUGUUGGUGCUUUUAUCGCUGAUUCUUACACCGGUCGGUUUCCUCUGAUCGGGUUUGGAUCCUCCAUCAGCCUUACGGGAAUGGUUUUGUUAUGGCUGACAACAAUAAUUCGACCAGAAUGCGAUAAAUUAACAAACGUGUGCCAACCCACCACACUGCUCAAAAGUGUUCUUCUAUAUUCCUUUUUUGCCCUCACCGCCAUUGGUGCCGGCGGCGUUAGAUCCUCCUGCUUAGCCUUCGCUGCCGACCAGCUCCAACCUAAUCAGACAUCACGUGUCACCACAUCAUCCCUAGAAACGCUCUUCAACUGGUACUACUUCUCCGUCAUGGUCGCAUGCUUUCUUUCUCAGUCUUUGCUCGUCUUCGUUCAGACAACGUAUGGUUGGCAGAUCGGUUUUGGAGUUUCUGUCGCUGCCAUGGCUCUAUCGGUCGCUUUGUUCUUCGCGGCGUCUCCGUACUAUGUAAGGUUUCAGAAACCGACACGGAACUCAAGGAAUCCAUGGAAGCUAUGUAGGGUGCAACAAGUAGAAGAUCUUAAAUCUCUCAUCAAUGUCAUACCAAUUUGGUCAACAGGGAUCAUCUUGUCACUUGUCACGGCUUGCCAAGUCUCCUUCAUAGUCCUUCAAGCUAAGACCAUGGAUCGCCACACCUUCAUUCAGGGUUUCGAGAUUCCUCCAGGCUCUUACGGCAUUUUCUUGGUCAUCUCCUUUUUGCUCUUCCUUGGUCUUUACGAUCUUGUUAUCGUCCCAUUACUUUCUUGGGCUCUAAGAGAACCCUUUCGAUUGGGAGUUAUGGUGAGAAUGUGGGCUGGGUAUGUAAUAUCGGUUUUGUGCAUCUCCGCUCUUGCGGCUACGGAGUACGCGAGGAGAAAAACAGCGAGAGACGAGAGUGGUACCAAGUUGUCGGCGAUGUGGCUAUUACCGUACAUGAUAUUAGGAGGCAUUGCGGAAGCACUUAAUACAAUAGCACAGAACGAGUUCUUCUACUCAGAACUUCCCAAAACCAUGUCAAGCGUCGCCACCACACUCUCCAGUCUCAACAUGGCCGCAGCAAGCCUCAUCUCCUCCUGGAUCAUCACCAUCGUUGACGUUACCACUUACGGGAGCUGGAUCACAGAGAAUAUAGACGAGGGACACUUGGACUAUUACUACUGGCUCUUGGUGGGAUUAUCUUUGCUGAAUGUUUUGUAUUUUGUGUGGUGUAAGAAAUCUUAUGGUAAAUGUAGUAUAUAAAUAUAACAAGUG